GUUCCUUAGAAGAGCUUGCGCAAUAUGUUUUGCACGGCCCUGGCCGCUGGUAGUGUCUCUGGUUGUUGUUGUUGUUUUCACAUUAAGAAGGGAAAGGGGAAGAAAGAAUUAAUCAAGUUAACAUAACCCCGCGCCCUUCGCAUGAGCCCUCACUAUAAGAUCUUGGUUGUGGUGAUUGGCAGGUUACUGGGUGAGCCCCAUCCUGCCAUGAGCACGGACCACCAGGUCGCCAGCCCCCCCUCCUUCUGCAGUUGAUGGAUCUGCUGCUGGUCCUGAGAUGACAGACAGCGUCAGGGCCUUCCUCCGCAAUGUUGCGACGGGGUUUAAGGACUCCAUAUUGGGGAUUGGAACAAUCUCCAAGCUGGAUGCCCGCAUUCAGCAGAAAAGGGAGGAGCAGCGGAGGAGAAGGGCCAGCGGGGCCCUGGCACAGAGACGGGCACAGAGUGAGGAGCGCAAACCGGACAAUGACCCCAAAGUAGCCAGCAGGAUUUUUCAAUGCUGCGCCUGGAAUGGAGGCGUGUUCUGGCUCAGUCUGUUUCUCUUCUACCGGGUGUUCAUCCCCCUGCUGCAGGCUCUCACAGCAAAGAUCAUUGGUGACCCCUCCCUCCAUGGCAGUGUGUGGUCCUGGUUGGAGUUCAUCCUGACCUCUGUCUUCAGCGCUCUCUGGGUUCUCCCUUUGUUCGUCCUCAGUAAGAUAGUCAACGCCAUCUGGUUCCAGGAUAUAGCCGACUUAGCAUUUGAGGUGUCUGGAUGUAAAGCCCAGCCGUUCCCCAGCGUCAGUAAGAUCAUCGCAGACAUGCUCUUCAACCUUCUUCUCCAGGCACUCUUCCUCAUUCAGGGCAUGAUUGUUAGCCUCUUCCCCAUCGAUGCCAUUGGACAGAUGGUUAGCCUCCUCCACAUGUCGCUGCUCUACUCCCUGUACUGCUUUGAGUAUCGCUGGUUCAACCAUGGCAUUGAGAUGCACCAACGGCUUUCCAACAUUGAGAGGAACUGGCCCUAUUACUUUGGCUUUGGUUUGCCCAUGGCUCUGUUGACCGCCCUGCCCUCCUCGUACAUCAUCAGUGGAUGCUUGUUCUCCAUCCUCUUCCCUCUAUUCAUCAUCAGCGCUAAUGAGGCCAAGACGCCAUCAAAGCUGUUCCACUUCCAGCUACGUCUCUUCUCCCUGGUUGUUCUGAUCAGCAACAAGUUUUUCCACAAGACGGUCCACCUGCAAUCCUCCCUGACGUCGUCCACCUCCUCUGAGAAGCUGUCCUCCCCACACACCUCCCCCACCCGCCAGAGACCUCUCCCCACCCAAUGAAGGAGAUAGUGUGGGGAGGGAGGGGGGGAUUCUUCCAGGUGGAUUUCCUUAAUUAAGAUUUUAUUGGGUGGUGUAGGACAGAGGGUUUACACGUUUUUUUAAAAAUCGAAUCUCUUUCACGAUUAUUUGUUUGCAGCCCACCGGACACAUUUUUAAUGUGACACAAAAAAUUGACUGCCCUGUGCCUCACACACUCAAAAAACAUGUAGACUAAGCUCUUGACUUUUCUUUUUUGAAUUUUCUGUCUUUGUUUUCUGUAUAUUGUGCCAUUUGAGUGACUUUCCUUUUAAUAAAUUACAGCACAAGAAAUCAUGUAGUUACAAUAUGUUUAAGAAAACGUGUAAAGCCUUGUUUGUAUUCAGAAGCAAAGCACAGGUCACAUUCCUUCCUCACAGAUUGAAUGUUUUGUUGCACAUGUUUUUAUGUCAAAUGAUGGUGUCCUAGGUGUUCCAGACCUUGUAUAGUUAAAAGACAAAAAAAGAGGGGCUCUUUUUGUAUCCUUUUUUUCUUUUUUAGUAGAAUAAACAAACCAGUUGAAGAGCUGCUAUGAAAAAGGAUUGGGCACUUUUGUCAUGUGUUAAGAGUUAGAGAGAGUUGUUAAGGUUAGCUAUUUGAUUCUUUCCAAAUUGAAUCCCACUACUGUCCGAUGAGAUGCGCAUGUUGCAAAUUACAAGGGGAUGCCAGCAAAGGAAAAGCUGCCGCAGCAGGAUGGAUGACACUGCCAAACUGUCGCGUCUUCAUUCUGUUUAUUUCCCUUCAACCACUACAAUGCUAAGCUCGGUUAUAACAUAAGGAGUCCCAUAGUUAGCGUCUUUUUGUUUUAACAAAUGGGUGAAGAGCCUUGGCAUGCUGGCUCUAGUUGAGCCCCCCGAACCCGUCCUAGAGAGCAGAAGUAAACAUACCUGGAUCAUCGAACUGUUCUAUUUCUGUGCUUCACAUAGUGUUAAUUCACUCCGAAUGUUCAACCAGAAGCCCACCACCACAGAGCCACCCACUCACCAACCUUUCUCUCACUCAUCGGAUCCCAUGGCCUUGGGGAGGGGCCGUGAUUUUUGAAAACGAUGUGCAAUUAUUGUAAGACGAGCAUAGUGUUUGUGCAGACUGAUGUAUGUGAGUGAGGUUUUGUAAAAGUAAUACGUCUAAUUUCAAUAAAAUUGGUCAGUAUUCAA